AUGGAUGAUGAAAAUCAAGAGGGUUUAGAUAGUUCUCAUCUGGAGGAUCACGAACAGCAUCAUCAUCAUCAACAACUGCAGCAACAGCAUGAACAACAACAACAAGAACAUAUGAUUCAGCACCACCAACAACUUGACCUUCAAAAUGCUCAUGAACAUGAACAUGAACAUGAGCAUGAACAUAAUAUAAAUUGUCAUGAACAGGUACAUCUACAUGACCAUAUUCAACACGAACAAGAAAAUGAAGAGGUAGAUGCACAACAGCAGCAACAACAACAACAACAGCAGCAGCAGCAACAACAACAACAGCAGCAGAUAGUUCACGAACAUCAGCAUCAACAUAUAAUCGAUGUAGAACCACAGCACCACCAAAUGGUAGAUAUUUCAACAUCGCAUGACAUUGUAGAGCUACAACAGCAGCAACACCUUCCCCACAACGAUGAACAUGUUCACCAACCGGAGUACAGUACACACGAUAAUCAUCAAGUAAAGAGUGAGAAUGAGCAAAGUAUGCAUCAUAUGCAUUCCGAUCAUUUGGAAACAAUCGUUCAUGAACAUGCUGAGCAUGCUGAUCAAGAUAUACAACAACAACAGCAGCAACAACAACAACAACAACAGCAACAGCACGUUCAUUUAGAGGUUUCACAUGAGCACGAUUUAACUCACCACAUUCACGAACAUCAACAACACCAACAUGAGCUUGCUCAUCAACAUGAGCAUGAUCACCAACAACACGAACAUGAACAUAUACAGGGACAAGAACAAGAACAAGAGCAAGCUCAAGCACAAGUUCAAGAACAUAUCAACCAAGAUUCUCAUUCUCACCACCAACAUCAUACUCACCACCAUCAUCAUCACCACCAUCUAGAAGAUCAAGUACAUGUACACGACCAACAUCAGCAUGAUCACCAACAAGCAGAACAUCAAGAAGAUUUACAUCAUAAUGAUGAACAGCACCAUGACCAUCAUCAUCAACAUGAUCACACACACGAAGACACCACUCAUAAUCAUAUACAACAUCAUGAUGUUGUUGAGCAUCAUCAUCAACUAGCUGACGAACCAAUGGAGGAUUUGAGUGAGCAACAGCACCAACUUGGGCAACAAUUACUUAAUCAAGAUGAAUUGGAACAUCAACAUCAACAUCAUCAAGAUACAAUACCAAAUGUAAAUAACGAUAUAAACCAUCUCCACCACCACCAUCAUCAUCAUCAACAACAACAACAACAACAACAACAACAACAACAACAACAACAACAACGACAACGACAACAGCAAAUAAUUCAUAAAGGACAUAGACAAACUCAUCAGCAACAACAACAACAACAUAAUAAUAAUAACAAUAUUUUACACCUUCACACAAAGCGAUGUUGUGACUGUGACUGUGAUUGUGGUCAAAUCCUACUGAAUACUGUACAGGAAAUAAUCAACGAAAAAUUCGAACAGAUUUGGCAACAGAAUCAAAAACUUUUUGCACAAUCAGCUCAUCUCGAAACUCUUUUAAAUACAUUCAUAAAUCUGAAACACACUGAUUUAAAAAGAAAACAUACUGAAACUCAAAAUAAUAAUAACAAUAAUAAAAAUAACAACAACACAAGUAAUAAUAAUAAUAAUAACAGCAUUAGUAAUAAUAGUAAUAAUAACAAUAACAAUUAUAAUAAUAACAGUAUUAAUAACAAUAAUAAUAAUAAUAAUAAUAAUAAUAAUAAUAAUAAUAAUGUUGAAGAUGGCAGUGCUGGUGCAGUCGAAGAAAAUUAUGAAUCCGAUCAAGAUGAACCACCAAAGAAGAGAAGAAGAAACUACUCACACGACAUACUUGUCAAGAUCGGUCAUAUUUUAGAGCCUGUAUUCGAAGAAGAUUGGAACUUGACAAAGAAACAAGAGCUUCGUCUUGCAGAGAAGAUCUCUACUGAAAUCAAAGUGGACGCUGUAGAAGCUGUUUCCAUUGUAAAAUCUUAUUGGCACAGAGCAAGAGGAAAUUCAAAAAGAUUAUUUUCACAAUUGGAUGAUUAUAGAAUGGGUUUAGAAACGUUAUUGAAAGAAGAUGAAGAAACAUUCCAAUAUCUUUAUUUUGUAGAAAUGUUAAGUCAACAACUUCAAGUUCAUCAACAACAGUUUCAACAACAGUUACAACAGUUGCAUACUCCACAGGCUUUAGAAUGA